CUCCUACCAACCCAUCCUAACUCCACACCCUCCUUAUCCUCAGGCUCAUAUCUCAACUCACCUAGCUAUUCUUUUCAACAAGGACGAACUCGACAUGUGAGGCUGCCUUCUCCCAAGUGAAGAAACGGGUGGAGAUGGUGUUGAACGGCUAGAACUGCCGGAUAUCGCUUGGGUUACAUGCCCUGGUUUGUUAUUUGAUAAUGGAUGCAGGAACUCCAUUUUUAUUCCGGAAGGUAGGGAUAAGUUGGGGUUUCAUCUAUUUAGCUCUACUUUAUUAAGUCGGAUUGAACUAUUAAAAGAGAUGAAGAAGGGGGCGAUGGAGAGUGAUUUGGGUGAUCAAGGGGUGGUAUGCUCAAACACAAAAUUUGAGGAUUAUGUGACUGUGGGUACUACAUCCUCCAUGCUCUUUGAGGAGGAUUUAUUCUUGAAUGGCUAUUUAUCUUCUUCUAUUAGUCAUGUAGUCCCCCUUGAGACCGAAUGCUUUAAUAGAGAGAUUGUUACUUUGAGGGAGGAAUGUCCUAAGGAUAUGCCUAGGGAAGCGGAUGAGGAUGAGAUUAUUGUGGGAGAAGUUAUGCAUGCUACACCUAUUCAGGUUUCAUUCCCUAUGCAAAUCGAGCAUAGAGCAAUCAAGGGUGUUUCUCAAUCUGAUUCAGACGAUGCUUCUGAUGGCUCUACGGGUUAUGAUUCAGAUCAAGAGUUGCUUGCUCGUUUAAGUGAUCCUAAUUACAAAACAGCAACUCGAUCAAAUUGUGCUUAGACGAAGUGCUCGCCUUCAAGCUAAAAAUCAGGGAUGCUAAAGAAUUUGUGAUGCCUUUUACGCACACUUUGGGAUUUUUGGGGGGUCAAGUUAAUUGUGUGCUGAGACAAGAAAUGGUGUGCAGGGGUGCAAUUAGCACGGGUGAGCAAAGCUGAAAUUUAUUGACAAGGGAUUGAGAUUCACACUUACAAUUUUAAUUUGGAGGAUGGCCUUACUUUUUCUCUAAAUAGCUUUAAAUUCUCUUCCCUCAUUAGCGAUUGUACUUUUUUACCCUUCCUUUUCCAUUAAUAAAAUGUUUAAAAAAAAAGCUAGAUCCAAGUCUUGGGCUAGGAGUCAGGUGAGUUACAUGCCCUGGUUUGUUAUUCUGAUAGCCAGAUCCAAGUCCUAGGCUAGGAGUCAAGCUUCGGUUUAGUAAAGAAGGUGAUGGAGAUGGCGUUGAACGGCUAGAACUGCCUGACACCAUUUAAGUUACAUGAUAUUGUUUCUUAUUCUGGCAGGGAGCUCCAAGCCCUUUAAAUGUGGAGAUUUUUUUUCAAAAGGACCUAAGCAAAAAAGAGUGAAACAUAAAUUAAAUAAGAACUUGAAAUACUUAUGAUACAUUGAAAUGGGAGAACAAAAGUCAAUUAACAAAUAUUAAGCUUUUUAUUUUUUUCAACUGAAGAAUGUGUUCAUACGCUAGUAUUUACUGGUUUCUACUUGAAUAAACAUGGUUUGUUCAAAAAAAUGUUUGAUGGAGUCCAAUAGUGAAUAUACUGGGUAAUACUAAAAAUAAGUAAGCAUCAAUCAGCAUAAUUUCCAUCAUAAAACAAUUAUGUUGUUUCUGCUGAAAAAACAAAAUACGAGGUAACAAAUGUGGAGAGUUUCCAACUUCUUUCACCAACUAAGUCACCUACCACCAAAACACAGUACUUGGUAUAAAGCAAAGCCAAUAAUUAAAUAAUUCAGUGCUUAUCAUGUCGUUGAAUUUCCAUACGAACAACUUCAAUCUGUAAUAAAAUGCAUAGUUUGUAACAGCUUUGGAAUACAAGAAAGCUUUAACAUAGAAUGAGGAACAAUAUUUUUGACAGACACGUAUAUAUCAACACUCAAGCAACUUUAGGAAUUAACAUUCCACUAACAAAUUAAUAAACUUUUUUAACCAGACCACUAAGAGAUGAAGAAAAAAUUACACAUAUAGGAGCAAACUAUAUUGAAAACAGAUACGAAGUACAAAUGAAGAAUUGACAUAAAAGACUUAUUUCAUAGUAGUACGUAAUACGGAGUACUUUUAUUACUAUCUACUACAUCCGUCCCCCUAAGUUUGGGACAAAGAGGUGUGGUGUGGUUUUUAAGAAAAAGUAGAAUUGUGUUGUUGUUAUUUAAUUGAUAAAGUGUGAAAAAGUAAUAAUGAAUUCUAACCACUCAAAUAUUACUUAAUAUGAUAUGGGACAAACUUAAUGGAACGGACGAAGAGUAUUAGACUACACAGGUGACCUAGUCUCGAUCUGUAAAUCUGGUUUACUUCAUUGGCAUAAUAAUCUCUCUGAUUGUUUACUUAUUCAAUAGCAAGCCUUGACCACACUAAUUCCAUAUUUCCGUUGCUAACUAUAUCUCUCCACACAUUUCGGUUAUAUUUGAUCUGCAAAACAGCAAAAGUGAUGCCAAAAACGAAGCUGCUCUUAAAUACAGAGUAGAGAAGAGUGUAACUUGGCAAACUUAGCACAUACACAUAGUAUAUACGAAAUACAUAUAGAAGCAUCAGCCGAAAAAAAAGUACUCACCUUGUAUACAUAUCAUUUUAGGCACAGAUGGCGUAUAGAUGAAGAAUAGACCUCAAAAGUGAUUAGAGAUGGUGGAGAUGAUGAUGCUAUUGAGAAAAGGGAACUGAUGGUUAGAGAGCCCAAGCAUAUUUACUGAAGAAGACCGGCUCUCAGCUGCCUGCGGUUGAAGUAAUUGAUUUGUAAAUACCUAGGGUUUGUGGAUAGGUUUGUUUUGCCGACAAAUGACUGAAAUGAGUGUACA